AUGUCGUCCUGGGGAGACAGAGCAGCAAGGAACCCAACCUCCUUGAUGAUAGUGUCAGAGAGUGGGGUUAGCCAGCAUCUCCAGGACGAAUUUAGGAACCUAAGCAGCAGCCCUGACUUCCUGCUCCUAGGCUUCUCCGAACACCCAGAGCAGCAGCCUCUCCUCUUUGGGCUCUUCCUGGCCAUGUACCUGGCCUCUGUGCUGGGCAACCUGCUCAUCAUCCUGGCCAUCGGCUCUGACUCUCGCUUCCACACCCCCAUGUACUUCUUCCUGGCCAACCUGUCCUUCAUCGACACCUGCUUCUCCUGCACCAUUGUCCCCAAGGUGCUGGUCAACAUUCAGACUCAGGAUCACACCAUCUCCUAUGCUGGAUGCCUUGUGCAGAUGUACUUCUUCAUGGCCUUGACCCUGCUGGAUGACUUUCUGCUGGCCGUGAUGGCCUAUGACCGCUACGUGGCCAUCUGCCUUCCCCUCCACUACACCACCAUCAUGCGUCCCCAACGCUGCCUGCUGCUGGUUGCUGCAUCCUGGCUCUGUGCCUACAUCCUGGCCUUCUCACAGACCAUCCUAGUGUCUCAGUUCUCCUUCUGUGCCUCUCAUUCCAUCCCACAUUUCUUCUGUGAUCUUCUCCCACUUCUCAAACUCGCCUGUUCAGACACACAUAUAUUUCAAAUCAUGAUAUAUGCUGACUCAGCCCUCUCGGGUGUGGUCCCAUUCACCUGUGUCCUGGUCUCCUAUGCCCAUAUCAUCCACACCAUCCUCAGGGUCCCCUCUGCUGGAGGAAAGAACAAAGUUUUCUCUACCUGUGGCUCACAUCUGACAGUUGUCACUCUCUUCUAUGGAACCCUCUUUCUAGUGUAUUUCCAGCCCUCAUCCUCCUACUCAGCAGACACCGGAAUGGUGGCCUCUGUGGUAUACACGAUGGUCACCCCCAUGCUGAACCCCUUCAUCUACAGCCUGCGAAACAGGGACAUGAAGGGGGCUUUGUGGAGGCUCCUUGGAGUGCAUAUAUUUCUCCAAAUA